UUUUUUUUUUUUUUUUCCCGUGCAAUUUUUCUGUUGUCUUUCCAAUUUCUUUCUCUUGUCCUCCCUUCAAUCCUCAAGCCAUGUCCAUUGAUAACAACGACCACCCCGCUUCUCCCUCCGACGGCGCUAGAUCGGCAUUGAUCUUUCUUGGGACCGGGUGUUCUAGCAUGGUCCCCAACCUGAUGUGCCUGCUCCAGCCAGCAGAUCCUCCCUGCACCGUCUGUUUUCAGGCAUUGUCGGUCCCACCUGAGCGCAACCCUAAUUACAGGUGCAAUACAUCCCUUCUAAUUGAUUAUUGCCAAAGUGAUGGUAAACACAACUAUAUAUUGAUUGAUGUUGGGAAGACAUUUCGGGAGACAGUACUUAGAUGGUUUACUUUCCAUAAGAUUCCAAGAAUUGAUUCUAUUAUUUUGACUCAUGAGCAUGCUGAUGCAGUCCUUGGAUUGGAUGACAUACGUGCUGUACAGCCGUUUAGCCCAACAAAUGAUAUUGAUCCCACUCCCAUAUAUUUAAGUCGUCACUCGAUGGAGAGUAUAGCCCAGAAGUUUCCUUAUUUGGUUCACAAGAAACAGAAGGAAGGGCAAGAAAUAAGAAGAGUAGCUCAGAUGGACUGGAAUAUAAUUGGCGAUGACUGCAAGCAACCAUUUUAUGCAUCAGGCUUAAAAUUCAUUCCUCUACCAGUUAUGCAUGGAGAGGACUAUAUCUGUUUGGGCUUUCUUUUUGGUGAGAAAAACAAGGUGGCUUACAUAUCUGAUGUUUCACGGAUUCCUGCUAGCACAGAGUAUGUCAUUUCAAAAACUGGAGCUGGGCAGUUGGAUCUUCUUAUACUGGACGCUCUGUACAAGACUGGAUCUCAUAACGUGCACUUUUGCCUUCCGCAGGCUCUAGAAGCUGUGAAGAAAUUAUGUCCUAAGCAGACCCUAUUAAUUGGAAUGACUCACGAGUUAGAUUACUACAAGGACAAUGAGUACUUGAUGGAGUGGUCCAGAAGGGAGGGAAUUCCGGUUCAGCUUGCACGUGAUGGUUUGAGAGUCCCCAUAGACUUAUAGUAAGUUGAGGCGAUGCUUGUCGACCCGAACCUCAAUUUCUUCACAUCACAUUAGGAAUGGUUUACAUAGAUGAGAAGAUUAUGAACCAGAAGCUAUGAUCACUGACAUGCAUUUGUGGGAUGUCUCACCCAUUUUGGAAUGGGUGGCUCUCCUAAAUAAAUAAACAAAUUGGUGGCAUACUAUUACGUUUUUGCCUUUUUCUGUUUGAUAAUUGCGAGCUUAACGGCAUGUUGCGGUUAACUUCGCUCUAGGGGUAUCAUUUAUCAAUUUGCCUUGUGUUGCCAUUAACACAAGAUGGAAAGCUCUCCUUUUCUUUAUCCAUAUUCACAUAGCAAUAAUAAGAAAUAUAUUUCCAUUUUUCUAUUGCCUUUUUUCCCUUUAUAUUUUCAUUACUAUAAAGAAAGUUAUUGAAUGUGAUCUUUUGAUCAACAAUAUGUUUAAAGAUUGAUAGAUCACAAUGACACCAUAUAAUUCCUGUAGCUGACCCCACUUAAUUCUUGUUGUAUCCUUUCAUUACUAUAUUACAGAGUGCCCAAUAUGAGCUGGUUUACUAGCGGCUUGUGAAUGAUGUAAUUUUAUUUAUUUAUUUAUUUUUGUGUA